CACAGUGUGGCGCAGUUAAUCGCCGCGUCGUUUGGCUUCAAAUCCCCCUUUAAACAGCGCUCGCAGUUCAGCAAGGGAUAUAACAUCUCAUCUGAAAACAUCACAUUCCUUUGGCAGUAAGCUGGAGAUUGCUUGAAGAAAUUAUAUAGGAAAGUAUAAACAUAUAGUGCAGGUUACCCAGACAGCGGAGCUGAGGCUCGCGUUUGCGGACUCGAAUAGAGGCUUUGGGGAUUACGGUGCGUCUUUCUGCACCCGGAGGCACGAGCCGCUGUCCCCAGGACCGGGGUGCAGAUCCGCGCGGCACCGCCACACCGUGCAGGAUGACUGAUCUUACUUACUGAGGAAAUGGUCGCAUUAACAGUGAAGCACAAAGGCGCUACACCGUGCAUGCCAGCAUAGGAAUCAAUGCCCUGCAAACAGCCUGGACUUCCAGUUUCAUGAGGAGAAAAAAGACCGCAUUUUCUUCGCCGGCUGGAUUCAAAUUCCCGUUCAAAGGAAAAGUAUUCCAUUCACAAGCUAUUGGAUGACAGCAUUAUUUGCCCUUGGCAACUGAAGAUGAUGUUACUAUGGAAACAACUUGUGAUUCUAUCAGUCAUUGGCUGCCUGGCAGCUUUUGCAGAAGAUGAAAUGUUCCUUGGUCCGAGGUGGAUAACAGAACCCAGCGAUUUGACACUCCCCAUUGAUUCCCCCGACCAGGAGGUUACCAUACCAUGUGAAGCAGGCGGGGACCCCCCCCCACAGUACAGGUGGUCACUAAACGGAACGCUCCUUGUUCUCGGCAGCGACUACAGACGUCACAUGUCCCGGGGCGACCUAAUCAUUAGUCGCCUGGACAGGAACCACGACACGGGACUGUACCAGUGCACGGCGUUGGGCCCACUGGGGAGCGUCCUCAGCCGGAAGGCGAGCCUGCAGUUUGCCUACUUGGAGAAUUUCAGAGCCCAGCUGAGAAGUGCCGUCUCGGUGCGUGAGGGACAAGGCGUGGUGCUGUUGUGUGGCCCCCCGAUGCAUUCUGGAGAGCUUAGUUUCUCUUGGGUGUUUAAUGAAUACCCAAACUUCAUACAGCAAGACAGCCGGCGGUUCAUAUCUCAGGAGACGGGGAACCUGUACAUCGCUAAGGUGGAACCAUCAGACGUAGGCAACUACACCUGCGUGGUGACCAACUCCAUCACCAAGGGAAAAGUCCUAAGCUCCCCUACCCUGCUGACCUUGAGGACAGACGGAGCGAUGGGCGAAUAUGAACCAAAAAUUGAAGUUCAUUUCCCUGAUGCCAUUCCUGCAGCCAAAGACACUGUGGUAAAGCUGGAGUGCUUUGCUCUAGGAAACCCAGUCCCUGAAAUCACCUGGAGGAGAAUGAAUGGGGUCCCAUUUCCCAGCAAGGUGAAUGUGAAGAACUCUGGUGCUGUCCUAGAGAUUCCCAGCUUCCAGCAGGAAGACGCCGGGACGUACGAGUGCAUGGCGGAAAACAGCCGGGGAAAGAAUACGGCACGUGGCCGGCUGACAUUCCACUCAAAGCCUCACUGGAUCCAGACGAUGCAGGACACAGCUGUCUCCGUGGGGACCAGCCUCUACUGGGAGUGCAAGGCGAGUGGGAAGCCAAAGCCCUCUUACAGCUGGCUGAAGAACGGGAAGAUCCUCGCCACCGAGGGAAGGCUGAUGAUUGAAAAUGGAGUUUUGUCUGUCUCCUCUUUGGACCUGUCAGACGCUGGGAUGUAUCAGUGCUUCGCUGAAAACAAACAUGGAACUAUCUACUCCAGUGCUGAAUUGAUGGUCUUAGCCUCAGCGCCCAGCUUUUCCCGCGACACGCUGAGGGCGGUGCUGAAGGCACGCACAGGAAGUGAGGUCGUUCUGGAGUGCAAGCCCCAAGCUUCUCCCCAAGCUAUUAAACUCUGGAAGAAAGGGAAUGAGGUCUUGCACCCCAACGAGAGGAUUUCACUCUAUCCUAACGGAACAUUAAAGAUCUCAAAUGUGACCCGGCGGGAUGGUGGCAGCUACACUUGUAUAGCGCGAAACCAGUUCGGAACUGCAAGCACUACGGGAAGGCUGUUAGUUACAGAGCCCACAAAAAUAAUCCAGGGGCCGAGUAACAUGGAGAUUAUAGUCGGCGAGAGCAUCGUCCUGCCCUGCCAGAUAGCCUGUGACCCAGUUCUCGAUGUGUCCUUCUCCUGGGCUUUCAACGGCCAGCUGAUUGACUUCUACAAGGAGGUGGAUCAUUUUGAGAGAGUGGGAGGGGCUGCUUCGGGAGAUUUGAUGAUUCGCAACAUUCAGCUGCGUCACGGUGGAAAAUACGUGUGCAUUGUCGAUACGGAUGUGGAGAGUUUGUCAUCUGCUGCGGUCGUGGUUGUGAAAGGUCCCCCAGGGCCCCCAGGCACCGUGGUGGUGGAGGAGGUGACAGACAGCACUGCUCAGCUCUCCUGGAGUCCUGGCAGAGACAACGGCAGCCCUAUCACUGGAUACAUCAUCCAGGGGAGCACAGCCUACACCGUGGGCUGGCAGGUGGUCAAUACAGUGCCUGAAACGAUCGAUGGCAAUACACUAACAGCCACCGUGGUGGAUUUGAAUGCCUGGGUGGAGUAUGAGUUUCGUGUGGUCGCCAGUAACAAUGUUGGCAUGGGAGAGCCCAGUCCACCAUCCAUCAAAGCCAGGACAGAGGACACCAUCCCCGAUACAGCGCCCUCUGAUGUUGGGGGAGGUGGUGGCACUAAAUCUGAACUGGUGAUAACAUGGGAGCCGGUGCCAGAGGAACUGCAGAAUGGUGAUGGCUUCGGAUAUAUCAUAGCCUUCCGACCACAGGGCGGCGUCACCUGGUCACGCGCAGUGAUAUCCACGCCCGGAGUUGGCAGAUACGUCUUCCGCAACGACACCAUUCCGACAUUUUCUCCAUUUGAUGUUAAAGUGGGAGCGUACAACAAGAAGGGGCAGGGUCCGUUCAGCCCGAUCGUCACGGUGUAUUCGGCGGAGGAAGUGCCAAGCGUAAGGCCAGGCCGGGUUGUAGUCCGAAGUAUUUCUUCCUCGCAAAUUGAAGUCACCUGGGGAGCCCCUCCGUUCUCUCCAGAAAGAGUCCUUGGAUUUGAGGUUACGUACUGGGAAGAUGAUACCAAGCCCGACACAGUCGGAAAAGUCAGAAUAUCUGGAAAUUACACGUCAGCUAAUGUCAGUGGACUGCGAGGAAACAUCCAGUAUUAUUUAACUGUUAGUGCUUUCAAUACGGCGGGGACCGGACCUCAAUCCCUACCCAUCAAUGUCACCACUAAAAAACCACCCCCUGCCCAGCCCCCUCUGAAUAUCGAGUGGACCCUGUUUGAUUCGCACCUCACCUUACAGUGGGACCCUGUGAUUGCCUUAGAGACUGAAUCUGAGGUCACUGGAUAUCAAAUAUCAUACAGAAGGCAUCGGCAGAGCAACGCCAGUUUCAUCACAACAAACAAAACUACGUUGGAGUUAACGCUUCCCAGCAAUGACGACUAUUACGUUCAGGUCAAAGCGUUAAGUGAAGGCGGGGAGGGACUGGGUAGUGACCUCAUCCACAUCCACAAACUCAGUAUGGGUGCACAUGGUUCCCGAGUGUCAAGCCUCCGUUCGGCACCCAUUCUCCUGGCCUGCUCUUCAGUAAUUUCCACACUAAGUUUGACGUUGUGAUAGCUAAGCCAACCACACAGACAGACAAGAAAUAGCCUUCUUUUCUUUCAUCCUCCUAUUUUUAUUUCUUAAUUCGUAAUGUUUUCAUCAGUAGCAUAUGUAAAACAAUGUACCCAGAUCUCAGUUACAGGGAGAAAGUGUUGAAAUGUACUGUUUCUGAGAUGCAUAUUGUAAGCAGAGAUGUUCCAAAUUAUCCUCGGUGUGCAUGUUGCUGAACAAAACAAUCUUACAAGAGACAAUGUUGUUACAUAAAAAAAAAAAAUGUAAAUGUCCAUAUGAGUACAUUGCUUGUUUAUGUUUGCCUCAAUGAUCCUUGAAAACGAUAAUGCCUUAAUGCCAUUUACAUACCAAAGUAGUUGGGAAAAUUUAUUUACAUAUCAUGUUGUGUUUGUUUCUUUUAUAUCUUUUAGGUGUUUUUCUUAGGUGCUUAAUCAAAGCCUAGACAUAGGAUGCGGAUGAUUGGAUGAUGAAAAUACUAUUUUUGUCCAACAAAGCCUGGUGAUGAUGUUUCUUGUUUUUAGCUUUAAUGCCUAAUCUUAUUUAGCAGCAUCACCUGAUUUAUUUACAUUUUUUUAAAAUCUGGUUACAUUGUCAUACUGUUUUGCUUUUUUCUGUCGUCUUGAAAGCAAAACGGCAGAGUUAGAAAAACGUCUAGAUUUAGUCAGUCUGCAAUUUCAUUUAGUCAGUUUGCCCAAAAUUAUGAAAAUCCAUUCAUGGUAUGUUUCUGUCAGACAGCAGGAAAAAAAACAACAUAUUGAAUCGUACGUCUGCGUACAGGGACCAGGGCUAGGAGCCACUAGAAUCACCUGUGCCUCUUAAAAAUGUAAUUUUAACUAUUUUAACUUACUUUCUCUGUAAAAAGAACGUUUAAGAUCUAGACCCGUCUCCUGCCACAUUGGGCUGGGUUAAGUGUAAUGUGCUGCUCUUUACGGUGUAGGAAUAAUGAUUUCGCAGCACAGGACGGAACCCCAGGCCCCCGAGGAGCUCUCUGACCGCCAGCAGGCCGAGCCAGUGGCUUCGCAUUAGAUUAUUAUUUUUCAAUUCAGACUUACUCUAGCAUAAACUUCACCUUGACCUGACUGACAAUGCGUUUGGCUUCUCCUUAGAGUUACGCUACAUUAACGAUGAGACAAUUUAAGAACAAAACUAGUGCCUUUUUCACUAGAAAUAGGUAGGUCUAGCUCUUCUUUUUUGACAGCCACAUUAAUAGAAAAAUUGUUAGAUGUAUAUAACUAGCAGACAGACAAUAAACAUUAAGCAAAAUGAACAAUAAGUUUUAUAUAGAAGACAUUAGUGGCAAUUGGUUGGUUUAUUAAAUAUGUAUAAGAUGGACAGAUAUAAGUCUAAAUCUUAAAUUCUGUACAGUAAAAGUCUUCAGACCCAGCCGUGUAACAUUACACACAUACAUAUGAACACAUAUGUAGGAUUUUGCUUGGAGUGCAUAAUAUAGAUGACUAGGUUUCAAAUGUAACAUGUAUUAUGAGCAGACAGAAUAACCUUAUCGGGAGUAAUACAGAUUGAUGUUUAGCACUAUUUAGAGAUGGUAUUUAGUCUUUUGUGUUAUAUCAGGGCUGCCUACUUUUCGGGGAGCAUUGUUCAGAUAAUGCUCAAGUGAUACCUGUAGACCUGAAUUUUUCUGUUGGUCAGCGUGGAAAUGGCUGCUAAUUCCAGGGCAUGGUGCCUUUCUCGAACCCCGGCUGUCUGAUCCACCUCACCGAGGCUGCAUUCCCUGGUGACCCUCGCACGAUGCACUUCCUUUCAAAGUCAAAUGAAAGCACAAGGAAAUGAACCGAGGUGACAUGGCGUCCCUGUUCAGCCGGCGAAGCUGGUGAGCUAGCCCCUGCAGGCCCGCUACCUCCAAACAGCACUUACGGUCAGGCGGCCUAUCUACUCCCUCACUGAGGCCUACACUCAUUGAUUAGGCCUCAGCAGCCAAGCGAAUGGGAUAUCGAUCCUUCUUCCCCAUUAUUAUAGCCGUCAGAAUCCUAACGGCUGAUUGAUUGACGUCGCUGUCGCAGGUGUUUGGUAGAUUAUGUUCUGAUACGUCCUUUGUCUCUCCCGUCUUUCUUGUAUCUUUCUUUUAGCUAGUCUUUAUGAAUGAAACCGCAUAAAAAAAAAUCUAAAUGCACUUCUGCAAAAUGUGAGCGUAUUUGCCAUAAACUAGUAGUUUUGUUUAUUAGUUUUAUUUGAUUUGCGAAUUCUCUCUGAAUCAUGUUUUCUCGUUAUUGAAGAUUUGCCGUAUGUUAACCGUGCUGAAACUGCAAUUGAUUAGUGCGUCUGUUCAUUAUUUUGGUGGGUUCAGAAAUUGUAAAAGACAAUGAGUUUGUAAUAAUUACCAUAAUGAAGCAUCAGAAUGGGAACAUUUGUAAUGUUUUCAUUCAUACUUUCUUAAAGGUCAAGUGUUGAAUAGGGAUUUUUAUAACGGAAAUGACUCUUGUAACAUAGUUUUUAUUUAUAAUAUGGGCAUUUCUGAAGCAUUAUUUUGCAGUGAUGCUAUGGAUUUUUGUGAGUUAUUUAACUGCAAACAGCAACGUUCAAAGCAAUGUCUGGACUGUACACCCAGUGUAUAAUGGAGAUUACCAGAUACGGUCAGAUGGAAUUAUCCGUCACCAAAAAACAAAGACCAAGCUUUUAUACAAAUCGAGGCCAUAUGUAAUGAGUAAUUAUGCAAUAUGCACGAAUACACAAAAUAUAAUUAUGAAACCUGCACAUGAAACCUUUUGCAAACUGUACAGUUAUUGGGAUUAAUUACUUGAACUUGAUGUAGUAACCUUGCUCCAAAUCUAGUAUGGACAUAUAAUAUAGUUUGUCAGCUAGAAUUCAUUAUUUUAUUGUACUGUUAAUAUUAUUUUGCAGGAUGUGAAUUGCACAUCUGAUCUGUCCAUCCAUCUUGCAGUUGGUAGAAGGUUGUGGUGAAUUCUUAGAUUUCACAUAUUUAUAUGGCUAGAUAUGAGGUUACAUUAAAUCCCUAAGCUGGUACUCAGCAUAGCUGUCCAUUCCUAUCAUUUGAGAUAUGUCAGAUAUCACUAAUCAUUACUCAAAAUGCAAGUUAGCUUAUCAGGAGAGUUUUCAUACAGUGCAUUGGUUUUUCUUCAAAAUGUACAAAAAUGUCAAAUACACUCAGUAUCCAAUUUACUAGGUAUUCUUGCUCAUUAACACAAACAGCCUGUUCCUCCGAGCAGCGAGUGAUGUGGCUGCAACUGAAUACAUUACAGAGUCACACACACAGGGUCAGGAGAUUUAGUUACUGUCUAGCUAAACAUUAGAACGGCUGAGACGCCUGAUGUAAGGGAUUUUUGAAUGUGGUGCGAUUGUUGGUGCCUGACGAUGGUACUAGCCUCUCAGAAACAGGCACCCCGGGGAUGUUACUGCUUUGCAGUAUCUAGAGUUUAUAGAGAAUAGUGAGCAAAAUAACAUCCAGUUAGUGGCAGUUCUGAGGUUGAAAACCCCCUGUUAAUGAGAGAGGUUGGCACAGUAUGGCUAGACUUAUUAAAGCUAACAGGAAGUGUCAAAAUAACAGUCCAGUACAAUAAUGGUGUACAGAAAGGCUCUGAAAUCAUGUCAUCUACCUUUGAAGUGGUUCUAGCAGUAAAAGGGAGUCCUACUUAUGACUAGGUAGUGUACCUAAUAAAGUGUGUCCUACCCGGUACUAGCUAGGUGUACCUAAUAAAGUGGAUCCUACCCGGUACUAGCUAGGUGUACCUAAUAAAGUGGGUCCUACCCGGUACUAACUAGGUGUCCCUAAUAAAGUGGGCCCUACCCGGUACUAACUAGGUGUCCCUAAUAAGGUGGGUCCUACCCGCUACUAACUAGGUGUCCCUAAUAAAGUGUAUCCUACCCAGAAUUAUUUAGUGUACCUAAUAAAGUGAGUUCUACCCAGUACAAGUUAGGUGUACCUAAUAAUUUGAGUCCUACCUAGUACUAGCUAGGUGUACCUAAUAAAAUGACCACUGAGUGUAUGGUACAGUACUAAAUUGUUUUAUAUAGAAGUCAUAAUUUCUUGUAAAUCUAGAAUCUAAAGAGUUUAAAAACACAUUGAUAUUUUUACAACACUUGGCCUUUGAUUUUAAUACCACUGUAUUAAUUGAUUGUUUUUGUUAUCUCUGUGAGAUAAAUGAUUUAAAAGAUCUUUUCAUAUUGAAAAGUUACUUGUCAGUCUUGUAUACUAAAUCUCUGCAUGCAUAACAUUGUUUGGUGGAUUUGUGUUGAUUUUUUACAAAAAAACUAACUAAUAAAAUGUUUAAAGUAGCAAA